UCAUCCACAACUAGUCUUGAUUAAUUAAUGCAUGAACUUUGACAGUACCUUAAAAAUCAACCUUUCCAAAAAAUCAUUAAAAAAAAAAAUAAAAUCAGCCGGUGCCAGUCUAGUCGAGCUAAAUAGAACAAAUUAAAUUUAAUUAAUAUAAUUUAAUUAACACCUGCCUCUUGACACUUCGUGCCGUAUAGCCCAGCGCUACGCACUUGUUCUCAGCAACACUCCACAAAACGAAGACGAAAUGCUUGAGGAUGCCGAGAAUUUCGCGGAUAUUUUCCGCGGUGGUCUGCCAUAUCUGCUCAUAGCGCUUCCAAUUUUAUUCAUCUGCUCUGCUAAUCCUGUACUGGCAUCCAGCGAGUUUUCGGUGCAGCGCAUGUCCCAGUUCGAUGUGAAUGGAGUAGCAUUUGGAUGCCGUGCAUCUGCUUUGUCGCUAGAAGCGAAAUCGCUCUAUACUUGGAGCACGGGCAGGCACUGUGUGUUGGCCAAACUUCAAGAUUUAACAAUUGAUCAGUUUCGCGAGAUACGCCAAAAAGCGGGUGGCUUAGUUAUACUGCUACCCAAGAAUGUUAGCGCAAUGACUUUUGAAGAGAAAGAGCAUCUCAUUUUGCUGGAACAAGCCAUGCUGGCACAACCGAACUCAAUACCUAUUUACUUUUCGCCAUACAAUACUGAAUUGGAACGCAUUAUUUCAGACGUCACUCGAACCAGCAGUAAUAAUGUUGAAGGCAAAUCCCAGCGUAGUUCCGCUGCAGCAGAACUAUUUGCUUCAAUCUCAGCUAAUGGAUAUCAGGUUAUUGUGUCUGGUGCCAGUCACGCGGCUAGCAAGAAUAGUAAAAUUCCAAUUAUCCAAGGUGAACUGGCAGCAACUUCAAAACUAUUAAAACAAGUUGAAGGCGGUAGUGAAGUCAACAGCAAAUUGCCAUUGAUUAUAGUGGCGGCGCAUCUCAACACUUUUGGACUAUAUAAUGAUUACCCACUAAACGCUGAUGCCGCUGUGUUGCUUACACUGGCCGAAGUAUUCAGCAAAAUGCACAAUACUCCAAAUGCAGUUCCUAAGUAUCGACUGCUGUUUUUACUCACCGAAUCGGGUACACUUUUGAAUUUCCAGGGCGUCAAGAAGUGGCUGGAUGAGAAUGUACAGCUGCAGGAGGACCUGGUGUCCAUUACGGGCACUUUGAUUGCGGCCAAAAAAGCAAAUAGCAUUAAAGAUGAGAACGUUGAUUUCGUAUUAUGUUUGGAUACGAUUACACAGCCAUUGAAUGCUGAAACAGGAAGUCUUUAUAUGCACGUUUCUAAACCACCCAAAGAAGGCACAGCAAUGAACGAUUUCUUCAAACUACUCAAAACUUUAGCCGCACUUUACGGCAAUGUCGCAGUCGAUGGUGUGCACAAGAAAAUCAAUUUAGCCGAUAUACAACUCGCCUGGGAGCAUGAACGUUUUAGUAUGAAACGAUUGCCUGCCUUCACAAUAUCUGCGCUAAAAUCGCCCAGAGAGCCCGUGCGUCCUACUAUCUUCAAAGAGUCCGAUGCUCAGAUUAUUGCGCAAACUCAGCAACAUGCCAAAAUAAUUGCUGAAUCAUUGGCUCACUAUGUCUAUGGAAUACAAGAGCCAAAUGAAAUUUUUGCCGGUGAAUUGCAAAUUAACAAAAACCUCAUCAAAUGCUACCUGCAGCUAAAAUCCGCGCUACAUAACAACGACCUGAAGAAUGCUUUCGAAAAGUACCUAAAGAAUGUGAAAAUAAUGUAUGAUAAACCUGAUACACGCGAUCCGGACUUUAUGCUUUAUGAGGGUCAAGAGGCCCGCCUUAACGUGUAUCAUGUAAAACCUGCCGUCUUCGAUCUCUUUCUGACCAUACUCAUCUGCGCUUACCUCGCAUCUGCGUACUUGUUCAUACAAUACUUCCCUACACUCUACGAUACAGUUUGUAAAAUGACCAAAGUGCAAACGCAACCGGCGCAAGCCAACCAUACUAACAACACAAAGUCAAAAGUUUAUUAAUUAAAUUUAUGUGUGUGAUCCAAAAGUUUGUGUCCACACGCGAAUGUAUAAAAAGGAUAUCGCAACCAAAAACGUUGCGAGUAGCAUAGGAAAAGGUGUAACUUUGUAAAAAAAAGACUAGCGGAUUCAAGUAUGAUAAGUACUAAAAUCAGUAAUUCAUUUAUAUGUAGUUGAAUACGUAAUUUGAAUAUGAAAAGGUGAAAGGUUGUUAUGUUCAAUAAAGCGGUAAGGAAUGCAAACUUAAUUGAUUUUGCUUGACAGAAUGUUGCUGAUGGUGAGAAACGCUAAAUAUCUACUUAAAACCUAUAAAGGGAAUUGUGCCAUUGCUGCUGCCUGCAAAUGUAUACAUACGUACUUACAUACAAAAAACUUAAAAGACGCAUAUGCAUUUCGAGAAUCAGACAUUCAUACAAAGUAUAGAGCACACAUUUCCCAUUCCAGCAAAGCAUUUACUGCCCCUCUAAAUACAUAUACAUACAUUCACACUGAACUGCGUUUAUGCCAGCAAUGACCUUACGCGUUGAAAUACUAUUGAGGGCAACGGUUACAGCAGACGUAGCAGCAAACUAAAAGCAAUAUUUAUGAAUAAUACUUUAAAAAAUAACAAAAUAAUUAAAGAAUAACGGUAGCCAAAUGUUUUUCACUUUGUUCUAUUAAAUUAGAAAUCCUCUUUAAAUAGCUUCAAUUAGUAAAUGGAAACUAGCGCCGCUAACGGUUAAAAUGUUCUUACUUUUAAAUUGAUUACUUUAGAAAAAAGUAACUUAAAGACAAAAUAAAUAAAGUACGUAUAUGGAAAAAAUU